UAUCAUUCUUCACCGUUGGAUCGUCACUUUUCCCGUAACACGUGUCUGUGACACUUACCGGUUUUACCGGCUACUCACUUCUCUUCUACCUCUUUUAAAAACGUCCCAAGCUUCUCAUCUCUCACUCCACAGGUGUGACUCGCUCUCUACGACUCAGUUUGACUCGUUGAUCGGAGAAAGGUGGAAGAUGUCGUCGGCGAUGGUAGAUCGGAGGUUAUCGACGCUAAACCCGAACGCGCCUGUGUUUGAUCCGGUUGGAUUCCGCGAGGUUGAGGAUUUUUCGCCGAAGUGGUGGGAUCUGGUGACGACGUCUAAAUGGUUCCGUGAUUUCUGGCUGAGUUCUAACUCCGAGUACGAUUUCGAAGACGACGGCGACGAUGAUUUCUCUGUUAUGGAAGAAGAGCUCGAAGAGAUGAUCGCUUCCUCUGACGGUGGUUCUACGGUUGAUUCAGUAACUGAGUCAGAUGUUGCUAAGUAUUUGAAGAUGCUUUUGAGUAUGACGAAAGAGAAGCUUAAUAACAGAUCGAAGAUGAUAAUGUCUUCUUCUUGUUCACCAAAGUAUAACCAGAAGAAGAGCUACGUGAUGAAUCCAAACUUCAAUUGUCGCCGGAAUCAUCAUAUCUAUCAGCCACGGUGAUCGAAGCUUCUAGAAGAAAACUAAAGCAGCUCUUCUCUUUUAGGAUGAAUAAGAGUGUAGUUUGUUUGCGUUGAAUGUGUAAUUAUGAUCAGCUUUGUAUAACUAAACCAAAUUGGAAUUGGGAUCGAACCAGGUCGGUUCGGUUCGUGUUCAAUUUUGGUUUCGAUUGCGGUUUGUAUUUUGGUUAUGAACUUUCAAACAUCUAUAAAUAAAGUUGAACCAA